UUCUCAGUGUAACUUGGAUUCCACAAUCAAAUUAUUUCCUCAGCUCAAGCUCACCUGAUACUCACAUAGGUAGCUUCUCCCCCAACUCAAUCACAACAGAAAAUCCUCAACCAUGGCCUCGUCCGAGCGUCGUGAGAGGAGACCUUCUGUUGGUGCCCCCAUUUCGGAACUUCAGGGCCCCGUUGGUCCUGGAUUCAGUCGUCCAAAACAUAGGCGUACCUUUACUGGUUUUGGGCCGGCCGAGACCAAGAGUGUCGAGGCUAGUAUUCCGGAGCCGUUGAGAGAGGCAUGGCGGAAGCGUUCCGCGAAGGGAUUCACGAAUAAAGAGGAGUUUGAGACAGAGCUCGUGCGCCAUGUUGAAACUACCCUGGCUCGUUCGCUUUACAAUUGCGAUGAAUUGGCUGCAUAUUCAGGAGCUGCACUUGCCUUCAGAGACCGUCUGAUCAUCGAGUGGAACAAGACUCAGCAGCGCCAGUCUUUUGCUGAUCAGAAGAGGGUUUACUACCUUUCUCUCGAGUUCCUGAUGGGUAGAGCAUUGGACAAUGCUAUGCUUAACGUUGGGAUGAAAGAUGUUGCCCGAGAGGGCUUGAGCGAACUGGGUUUCCGUGUUGAGGAUGUCAUCAACCAGGAACACGAUGCUGCUCUUGGAAACGGAGGUUUGGGACGUUUGGCAGCAUGCUUUCUCGACAGUCUCGCGACAAUGAACUUCCCAGCAUGGGGCUACGGGCUACGUUACCGAUACGGAAUUUUUAAACAAGAACUUGUCGAUGGAUAUCAGGUUGAAAUCCCUGAUUAUUGGCUGGACUUCAAUCCUUGGGAAUUUCCUCGCCAUGAUAUCACCGUCGACAUCCAGUUCUACGGUUCGGUAAAGAAAUAUGAGGACAAGAACGGCAAGACUGUUCACUUGUGGGAAGAUGGUGAAACCGUCCAGGCCGUGGCUUAUGAUGUCCCUAUCCCCGGCUAUGGUACAAGAACAACCAACAACCUCCGCUUGUGGUCGAGUAAGGCAGCAAGUGGGGAGUUCGACUUCCAAAAGUUCAAUGCCGGUAACUACGAGAGCGCAGUUGCAGAUCAGCAACGUGCAGAUACCAUUUCGGCAGUGCUAUACCCAAAUGAUAACCUUGAACGAGGCAAGGAACUCAGAUUGAAACAACAGUACUUCUGGUGUGCUGCUUCCUUGUUCGACAUUGUUCGGAGAUUCAAGAAGACAAAGCGGCCCUGGAGCGAGUUCCCGGAUCAAAUUGCAAUCCAGCUGAAUGAUACACAUCCUACGCUGGCAAUUGUUGAAUUACAGCGUAUCUUGAUUGACCAAGAAGGUUUAAGCUGGGACGAAGCGUGGAAUAUCGUGACUCACACCUUUGGAUAUACUAAUCAUACAGUUCUUCCAGAGGCGUUGGAGAAAUGGUCUGUUCCUUUGGUUCAGAACCUUCUUCCACGGCACUUGCAGAUUAUUUAUGACAUAAACCUGUUCUUCCUACAGUCUGUAGAGAAGCGAUUCCCCAAGGAUAGGGAAAUCUUGUCUCGAGUCUCGAUCAUCGAGGAGUCCCAUCCCAAGAUGAUCAGAAUGGCUUAUAUAGCCAUCAUCGGAUCUCACAAGGUCAACGGUGUUGCCGAAUUGCAUUCGGACCUUAUUAAAACCACGAUCUUCAAGGAUUUCGUUGAGAUCUAUGGACCUGACAAAUUCACCAAUGUCACCAAUGGAAUCACCCCCAGGCGCUGGCUUCAUCAAGCCAACCCACGAUUGUCUGAAUUGAUUGCCUCCAAGCUUGGUGGUUAUAAGUUCUUAACAGACCUGACACUUUUGGAUAAAUUAGAGGCAUUUGCCGAUGACAAGGUAUUCAAAAGAGAAUGGACAGAGAUUAAGACGGCGAAUAAACUCCGUCUUGCCAAGCACAUCAAAGAUACCACCGGUUACAGUGUGAAUCCGCAAGCUCUCUUUGAUAUUCAGGUGAAGCGAAUUCACGAAUACAAGCGCCAGCAGCUCAACAUAUUUGGUGUUAUACACCGCUAUCUGACCAUCAAAUCUUUGUCUGCAGAAGAAAGAAAGAAACUCGUGCCACGGGUGUCCAUAUUCGGUGGCAAGGCAGCCCCUGGCUACUGGAUGGCCAAGACCAUCAUUCAUCUCAUCAACAAGGUCGCUUCUGUAGUCAACAAUGAUGCAGAUGUUGGUGAUCUCCUCAAGGUGAUUUUCCUUGAAGACUACAAUGUUAGCAAGGCAGAGAUGAUCUGCCCAGCCUCGGAUAUCAGCGAACACAUCUCAACAGCUGGUACUGAAGCCAGUGGAACCAGCAACAUGAAGUUUGUUCUCAACGGUGGUCUAAUUAUUGGGACCUGCGAUGGAGCCAAUAUCGAGAUCACUCGCGAGAUCGGCGAGCAAAACAUCUUCCUAUUCGGAAAUCUGGCCGAAGACGUGGAAGAGCUCCGUCACCGACAUUUCUACGGCGAUUUCCAACUCGAUCCACAUCUGUCCAAGGUUUUCGAUGCAAUUCGGGGAGGCAUGUUCGGUGACGCCGGCAGCUUCUCUGCGCUUACCACGGCUAUCACGGAGCAUGGUGACUACUAUCUCGUCUCGGACGACUUCAAUUCAUAUAUCACAACACAGGAUAUAGUAGACGAGGCAUUCAAGAACCAGGAUGAGUGGGUCGCCAAAUCCAUCACUAGCGUGGCGCGCAUGGGAUUCUUCUCUACAGACCGUGUGAUCGGUGAGUAUGCUGAGAGUAUCUGGAACGUCGAGCCUCUGCAGGUGAAGGAUUAG